GACGAGGCUCCCUCAAAAAGGCACUUCCGCCCGGAUAUUCCAGAAAAAAGCGACAUUUCGACAAAUGAUUUCUACCGGAAAUCAUAAAAAAGUUUGGAGGCGCAUGCGCAGGACGAGGCUCCCUCAAAAGGCACUUCCGCCCGGAUAUUCCAGAAUAAGAGCGAUGUUUCGACAAAUUGUUUCUAGCGGCAAUCAUAAAAAAGGAGACGCACAGACUCUACCUGCUGAAACUGGAGGAGAUUUCUAAACUGCAGAAGAGCUGCUCGUCCUCCAUCUCAAGCCAGCGCAGCAAACUGAAGGAGGUGUCCCAGCUCGUGAGGACAUGCAGCCGAGGACCCUCGGAGGACGAUGCUGAGGCCCUGGAGGAGAUGAGAGAGAAGAUGAAGACUCGACCGAAAGCCUUCAAGGAGAUGGAAGCUUUCCUUCCCAAUAAGAACGGGUUGUACCUCGGGCUGGUUCUCGGCAACGUGAACGUGACGCUCCUCAGUAAGCAGUCGAAAUUUGCCUACAAAGAAGAGUACGAGAAGUUCAAGCUGUACCUCACCUUCAUCCUGCUGCUCUUCUCCUUCAUCUUCUAUUUCUUCGUGAGCUACAGGUUUCUUGAUGCGAUCCUGAACUUCCUGCUGGUGUGGUACUACUGCACCUUAACGGUCAGGGAAAGCAUCCUCAUCGCCAACGGCUCCAGGAUCAAGGGCUGGUGGGUCUUCCAUCACUACGUCUCGGCUUUUUUGUCCGGUGUGAUGUUGACGUGGCCGGACGGCAGCCUGUACAAGACCUUCAGGAACCAGUUCCUGGCCUACUCCCUGUAUCAGAGUUUCGUUCAGUGUCUGCAGUGCUACUAUCAGAGCGGCUGUCUGUACCGGCUCAGGGCUCUGGGCCAGAGACACAACAUGGACCUGACCGUGGAGGGGUUCCAGUCGUGGAUGUGGAAGGGUCUGACCUUCCUGCUGCCCUUCCUGUUCUUCGGUCAUUUUUGGCAGCUCUACAACAGCAUCUCCCUCUUCAGGAUGUCUCAGCUCCCCGACUGCAAAGAGUGGCAGGUCUUGAUGUGCGGUCUCUGCUUCCUCGUCCUGUUCUCGGGGAACUUCUUCACCACGGUGGCUGUGGUCCGUCAUAAGGUCCAGAGCAGGAACCCCAAAACAAACAACAAACAUAAAUAACAACAAACAUCAACAACAAAGAUCAACAACAAACAUCAUCAACAACAAACAUCAACAAGAACAACAAAC